CGAGGGGUAGAGGUUGCCGAGCAUAGCUUUGAUCUCUGACGAAGAAGACUUUCUCCAGUGCAUCGGGAAGCGUUCUUUUUUAGGGAUGAGAAGUGCGUGAUAAUCUCGUGGAAAUCCGCAUGAAACUCUAAAGGACACAGCAACCCAAGCUGGUGUGUCAAAAUAUGUAACCAAAACUAGUGAACGUAGUGUGAAAAGUGUGUAAAACUUUCCUAGUUGGUUAUGUUCUGAUGUGCAAUAUUUAGGGAAAUAAAAUUUCGAAAAGUGCAAACAACCUGGAACUAGUGUCACGUAGAAAAGUAUCUACAGUAAAAAAGCGUAAAGAUAGACACAGAGAAAACAGGAAAAGCUGCUGAUGUAGGAAUGAUAGAGAAACAUAAGUAAACCCAAAUUUAGACUGUCUCCUGCAAUUAGCAUACGCUCAUAGAACGGUGGAACAGGCGCAACACAGCGUAUACAAAGUGUUUUCCAACCCCCCACUCCGAAAUAAACAAAGUGCGUACACUUAAUAGAAACAAGCACCUUUCCUACAAAAACCACCUCUAACAUGCGCAGCAGAACCGAAAUGGUAACAACCACCCUGGACGGUUCCGACUUCGAUGAGGAUUCCGACUUUGAAGACUCCGAAGAGGACUGGAAACCGGAAAAGGGUGAUCCGAAGAGUUUGAAGCGGAAGACGCGUGAUAUUAUCACCGGCACAGUAAGUGGUGGCAGACGGGGCAGUGGAGGCCGUAGUAGUAAUGGCAAGAAGCGCGGUAGAAAACCCGCCGCAAAGGGACGCGCCGGAAGAAAAAGAAAAUCAGGAAAUCACUCCGACGAUGACGACGAUGACGAUGAAGAUGACGAUGAGGAUGACGGAGAUGAUGAUCAGUCGGACAGUGAAGAGGGCGAACGAUCGACACCGCGAGCCCGCAAACGAGGCCGACCAUCAGGUGCGAAAGGAGCAAAACGAUCCAAUGGGCGAAAAAGUCUUGCCAAAACAUCCCCGUCCACUUCGAAAGCUGCAGCUAGUACCGGAGAGCUGGCAUUGAAACCGAUCCCGCGAAAGGUCGUAAAUUUGGCCAGCAGCUUCCCGGACAAAAGUGGCUUCCUUAAGUUGUUCGCGUACCGUGGCGAUCUGGAGGAAGGCAUCCGAGACAAUCUGAAGGUGUGCCUGUGGAGACGGGACGGUUCCAGUCUGCUGCAGAAGUACUUCCGGGACAAAUCUGCCGACGCCACUUCGCCACAGUUCAUUUCCUCGAUGGUGUACUCCUGCUGGGAAGACAAACGUUCCGACGAGUACAUGGAGGUGAAGGUACGUUGCAUCGAGCAGUCGAAGCAGUUGCGCGUCCAAAUUUACGACGCGGAUACAAUCGAAACGAAGGCAAAGGAAGAGUAUGAAAAGUUUAUCGCGGAACACGGGAAACCGGUACUGAUGGCUGGUGGUGCCGGUAGUCGGACAAGCGGCAAUGGUUCUCGUAGUCGAAAGAAGAAACGCGCCCAAAACAACGACACCGAAGACGAUGAAGAAGACACCGCGGAUGAAGAGGAGCUAGACGAAGAACAAGAAGACGAAGAAGGUGGAGGUGAAGGUGCUCCCGAGGAGGAAGACGAUGAGGCCAAUGCCGAUCGGAUCGAGGAUGAAUGUGAGGAACCGCCUCAGGAAGAGUAGGAAGAUCAUCCAUUUUUAGCUGCAAUUUACAUCGUUUCGCUUGAUAAUCUAAACGUUUUGUAAAAACUUCUAGUAGGCGUAUGAAGCGUACAUCUUUACACAUAAACACACGCACUUACGAUAACCCUAGGACGACCUGGACGGGCAUUAUUGCAAACAUGCUACAAACUGAUGAAGUUUAAUCGUAAAAUAUUCAAUUAACAAUAUUUGACCAUCUUGUAGUAACUGAAGAAAUUUUGCUAUGUGGUUGUUUCAUCCGCUCAAGAAUUUUGGUAGCUUUUAAAAACACACAAGUUAAAUGUGUUUGAGAAUUAAAUAGAUUUAUAAGAUUUAUUUAUAAUGACUUAUUCCCUGUCGUAACGCAACAGCUAGAAAUAGUGCCGUUGGCAAGUAGAAACAACAAAAGGACAAGCUGUCGAUGAAUGGACUCCUUGCUAGUUAAAAUAUAUUUUUUCCGUUAAUACUCUUAAUGUUGUUCAAAGCUAUCCAUGGCCGGGUCGUUCUGACAUUUGUACACGAAUUGAUAAAAAAGGUAUGAAUAAUCCAUCUUUCUUGCAAAUUUUGGUUAAGUUUACCAUUGAGCAAUGUAAAGAAGUUUCCCUUGUUUUAAUAUUUCGAAUAUUUUGGACAGAUUCUAGGGUUUAUGAUUUUCGUGAUGGUCAUUCAUUCGGCUCAUCUCUGUGGUCGUUCAAGUGGAAAGAAAUGGAAAAUGCUUCACAUGAAAAAUACAAUCCUUAAACGGAAAACCGUGUGAAUUAUCAAUGUUAAUAAUGUUAAGGAAACGAAAACGCACGUCAACGAGGGAAACCCUCUAAACUCGCACACUAUGCAACAGAUCCCCCGGCCGACUCUCAUGACGAUAUGAUGAAGAUACUGAGGAGAGUGUGCUUUUGCCAAAAUCUUGUUCAAUCGGUGGAUCGAUGUGGAGAUUAACUCACUAGAUGUAAGUUGUGUAAACCCAUAUGUGAACAAAGCAAAUAAAUGAUACAGACGAUUCAUUGUUUUAAAUGAAACAGACGAAGUUUUACACCUCGUU